AUGCCAGCUUUUAUUCUAUAUGGCUCUCGCGGUUCGACCAACACUGAUCGUGUCCGCCUGACACUUGCCGAAGGUGGAUUUACGGAUUACGAACUCGUGCUUCUUGACCUCCAAAAAGGAGAGCAAAAGGUGGGCGACGCGUUGAUCUUGACCACGUCCGAAGAACACAUAAAACGCCACCCGUGGGGUAAAAUACCUGUGGUGACCUUCCCAAACGGGUUCACUCUCUACGAGAGUCGCGCGAUAUGCAAAUACCUCACCAGGAAGUACUCCUUUCCACUUCUGCCUCCUGACUCCGACGUCGAAGCUACAGCACUAUUCGACCAGGCAGAGUCUACAGAGACUCUCUAUUUCGCAGAUGCUGCGGGUAGAAUCGCAUUCGAGAAAUUUGCCAAAAGGUUUAUGGGACUGUCCCCCAAUGAGGCCGUUGUCUCAGAUUCUCUACGAUCGAUCGAGAUGUUUUUGGAUGUCGCAGAACGUUUGCUACAUCACCAGGAACAUAUGGCAGGGAGUAGCUUCAGUCUCGUGGAUAUCUACUACAUUCCUCUUGUGCAAAGACUUGUCGAAUGCGGGUACGGAGAUGUCAUCGUCAGUCGCAAAGCCGUGAGUGCUUGGUGGGACCGAUGCAUGGCUCGACCAGCCAUACAAGAGAUGGUGGCUGCUGACAAGGAGGCUGCUGCCGCUCGUAAGGCUUCUGCUAGUACAUAG